AUGUCACAUAGAACUACGAAAACUCAGAAAACGACAACAGGAACAUCAUUACCACCGUCGAAUCUUAAAUCACAAACAACAUUACCAUCGAAAAGGAAAGCUUCCGAUGGAAACGAUGCUGGUAAACAAAACAGACGCUCGCCUUCCAGAACCGUCAUACGCAGUACAAACAAUAAGAAUCUUGUGUCAUCAGUGAAUACAAGAACAAUAGUUGGAAAGACAGUCGUCCAAACUAAUGCUCAACUCUCGACUACUCGUUCAUCAUCCAUACAAUCACUGUCGAAAGUACCACAGAUCGAUGUCAGUAAUCUUCCAAUUGAAACUAAUUUUCCUCGGAUAUUAUGGGCAGAUCCUAGAAAUGUACGUAACAAUCAUAAGAGAAAACAACAAACAAAUGUUUCAUCUAAAGUGUCAACAACAAAUGCAAUAGAAGAGAGUGACAAGUUACCCACAAUUCUUUUAAAGUCGACAGUCGAAAUUCCAGCUAAAGAUUUGAACAGCAUUGAUAGACAUGAACAAAUGGUUCACAAUGUGCAGUUACCAGAACCACCUCAGUUGGAAAAUGAUACCAUUCCUCUCAACCAUUCUGUAGUUAUACCAGAUAAUGACAAAUCAAAAGAGGUGAUUGUUGAACCGACUGAUACGACUAAUAAGAUAAACGUUAAAGGCAAUGAUAGAAAAAUAUCAAAGACUAAAAAGCCUUCUGAUCUACAUCGAGGUUUAUGUGGGUUAGAAAACUUGGGUAACACAUGUUUUAUGAACAGUGCUUUACAAUGUCUUUCAAAUGUAUCAGAAUUAACUGAAUAUAUACUUAAGAAUAACGGUUUUCCUAAUGAUAUUAUAAACAUUGCCAAUCCAUUAGGAAGUGGUGGAAAAGUUGCACGAAGUUACGGCGAUUUAAUAUUGAAACUAUGGUCAGGAGACCAUAAAUCAGUAGCACCAGACAUUCUAAAACUUGACAUUAGUAAAAUGGCAACACGUUUUGCUGGCUAUAAUCAAGAAGAUUCAUAUGAAUUGAUGAACAUUUUAUUAGGUACAUUACAUGAAGAUUUAAUACGGGAGGAUGAGUGUGAUGAUGACCCUGACAAAGAACCUUCUUCACUCAUAUCAGAUUAUUUUCAUUUUGAACUACAAUCAACUAUUGUAUGUCUGCAAUGCAAAAAAAUAUCUAAAUCAUGUGAACCAAUGAGUUUUCUCGCUCUAUCGUUGCCAUCGUCAAAUGCAACGACCAGAAAAAACUCUAAUGGUUCAAAUCAUCCUAGUAAAGUUCUGAAACAAUCUUUAUCGAUAUUCGAUUGCUUAAGCGAUCUUUUGCAAGAAACAAAUUUAAUCGGUGAAAAUGGUGAAUGUUGUUGGUACUGUUCAGAAUGUAAUGAACUGACUCAGGCUAAGAAAACACUUGAUUUAUGGUCACUUCCACCAGUGUUAAUUAUACAACUGAAACGUUUUAACUAUAACCCAAAAUCAACCUAUAACAACAAUAAGAUCUAUACACAUGUUGAUUAUCCAACUGAAGAUUUAACUCUCCAAAGUCAAAAGGAAAACAAAACUGUUCAUUACGAUUUGAUCGCUGUUUCUAAUCAUAGUGGUACCUUACAUGGUGGACACUAUACGGCCUAUGCAAGAAAUAUGGAUGAUCAUCGUUGGUAUUUGUUUAACGAUAUAUUCAUUUCACAGGUUACCAAUAAAAAGCAAAUUGUUAACAGUGAUGCAUAUAUACUUAUCUAUCAUCGAAAAUCAUGA